AUGCCUAAUAUCUCAGAACUGGAUCUGAAUGGGUCAAAAUCACCACUGGAACUCUUAGGUGCCGAGUUCUUCAAGACUCCUCGGUAUCAAACCGUGCUUAUACUUUUCCUAAACUCUGUGGUUUUCGUGUUCGGCGUUGUCGGUAAUAUCAUCGUGGCAAUUGUUCUGAGUAAAAACAGGGUCUUAUUUGAGCCGACAGGGACAUUUCUUUAUGGUUUAGCCAUUGCUGAUCUGGUCAUUCUAUUAAUUGCCCAACCGGUGGCCGUGAUGGAGUUUUGCACGCAGGAAGUCUGGCUUCUCGGACCAGCAUUGUGCAAGAUCGAGCCAUUCCUGGAGAACACCGCCUCUAACGCCUCUGUUCUGACAAUACUGGCUAUCAGCCUGGAGAGAUACCUGGCAAUAUGUCACCCACUGAGGGCUCAGUCCGUGUGUACCGAGAGCAGAGCGGUCAAGGUCACAGUAGUCAUAUGGGUAGCCGCCUCCCUGGUCGCUGUCCCUCUGCCAGUCUUUUCUGUGUACAAGUUCUCUGGCUUUUACGACGGCACAAGAGUUCCUAUCUGUACUAUCAAACUGAUCGGACGCUGGCAUCGCUUCUACAUCAUCUCAAUGAUGCUGGUGUUUUACGCCAUCCCCUCGGCUGUGUUCGUGUACGUCUACGUGGCUAUUAUACGCCGACUCUCCUUUGACGACAUUCGAAUGUCAUUAGAUGAGAAGCGACGACGUCAUCACGUUCUUAAGACGCGUCAGCAAUUGGUGCACAUGCUCGUGGCCAUCAUUCUCGCCUUCGUCAUCUGUGUGCUGCCCUUUCGCGUCAUAAGCCUGUGGUUUAUCUACACGCCUAAAUACAAAGUGCUUGCCUUGGGUACGGAGAUUUACAACUACGUCCGUUGGAUACCUCGACUGUUGCUGUACGUAAACAGUGCUAUCAACCCGCUCAUAUACAACAUGGUGUCUUCCAAAUUCCGCCUGGCGCUGCAUCGCACCUGUAGAGGUCGCGUGAAGUUCCUACAGAACACUGGCCUCCUGCAGAUGUCGUCGUCAAAACAACCAUCUAGUAGAACAUGA